CCGUAUUGUCGUGAAUCGAUCAGCACAGUCCACAUCACACUUUGACUUCUAUAUCUCUAUGUGAAACGCGGAGUUCUUUGUGUGACGCCAUCGUUCUCUUUCCCUCACGCUGAGUUCUUUGUGCGACGCCAUCGUUCCCUUUCCCUCGCUCUCAACGCGCUCGUGACCUCAUUUCCCUUUCCCUCGCACUCAACGCGCUCGUGACCUGAGUUCAGUCUCGCGUCUCGCUCCUCUGGUGUGUUGAAGAUUUUCGCGGUCAUUCCCACUCUGUGUUGCUGACGUCCUGUCCUCACUCUCCGCACUCACUCACCGAUCGCCGAUCGUUUGCCGGCACAGUCUCGAAAGCUUGCAGCUCCUUCGCACUACAGCAUCUCCCUUUCUGUCCAGCUUCCUUCGCCCACCAUGGCGCUGUCUCCGUUCUUCACCCGAGAUUUGAGUUUGUGGGCGAUGCCGGACUCCAUGCGGCAGAUGAUGUCGCUGGGCGACGAGAUGUUCCACACGCUGGACGAGCCCGGCCGCACGUUCAUGAGGGAAUCGCGUGCCAUGGCCAACACCGCGGUGGACGUGAAGGAGACGCCGACGGCGUACCAGUUCGUGGCAGACUUGCCGGGACUCAGUCGCGAGGAGGUGAAGGUGCAGCUGGAGAACGGCAACACGCUGGUCAUCAGCGGCGAGCGCCAUCGCGAGACGAAGACGGGUGAGGCUGGCGACAAGUACCAUCGGAUGGAACGCAGCACGGGCAAGUUCAUGCGCCGAUUCACACUGCCGGACAACGCGGAACUCGACAAAAUUGGCGCGCAGUGCAAAGAUGGCGUACUCACCGUGACGGUGCCCAAGAUGCCGCCGAAAGAACCAGAGCAGCCCAAAGUCGUCGACGUCCAGAUCAACUAGACGAUGGAUGUCUGCUGUCACAUUGGCGGAUAAUACUAAUACGAAGGUGUGGAAAUGGUGAUGCGGUGGGGAUGUCUAUUAUUGUCGUAGGAAGGACCCGAGCUCCAGGGCAACCUGAUCACUGUUUUGAUGCGUCCACUGGCAUUUCUCCCCGGGAGUUGGAGAGAUCGUCGUUAUCGUUCACACACACACACACACACAGAGAGAGAGAGAGAGAGAGAGAGAGAGAGAGAGAGAGAGAGAGAGAGAGAGAGAGAGAGAGAGAGAGAGAGAGANACAGAGAGAGAGAGAGAGAGAGAGAGAGAGAGAGAGAGAGAGAGAGAGAGAGAGAGAGAGAGAGAGAGAGAGAGAGACAGAGAGAGAGAGAGAGAGAGAGAAGCCAUCCAGUACGGCGUCUUCGGUUGGUAUUGCAGAGGGCGAGGGUCCACUUACCCCGAUGAUCAGUACGGGGGUAUUGGUUGGUAUUGCAGAGGGCGAGGGCCCACUUACCCCAAUGAUCUGAGGCCUGAACAGAGACAGAGAAAUCAGCAAUAAGGAUUCAGGAGUGUGGGCAAAUGGGGGCCAGACAGGGAUGACUGUUGUUGGGGGAAGAACGCAAUGAGCCUUGAAGGAGAGGCUCGUUGAUGUGAAUUUUGUUGUUGCUGCUGCCCUUUACCUAUUUGCGGAUUUGGUUAUAUUGAUUGUUCGGAAAGAUGCGCCAGGGGCAGUGCUACGAGUAGUACGAGAUGCAGUCUCCAGGUCAUUUCUAGAAGACUAUUCAAUAAAAAAAUUCCUUUCUCCUUCCUUCUGUUGUGGUCACCGGAAAUGUUGUUGCGCAGUAACAGAAAAAACGUUCGAUGAAUUGAAAUCUGAUCGCAGCUACAUUCAUGUUCCCGUGUGCAAAAAAUGUUUGUCGUGGAAUUGUGGUUAUUAAGUUGGCUCUUUUUUUAUUAUCUUCGAAUUGUGGUUAUUCGGUUGGCUCGUUUUCCCUUGUCGAGCGGUCGCGGUAACUGCCACUCAGUCACACCAAAUACUUGUACGGCAGCCUUAUAUCGUUGAAUAAAGUUGCACAUGUAAG